UUGGAAGAUUUCCAUGCAUUAGUAGUGUACGUGUACAUGCAGUACGUACUAGAAGUGCAUGCACAUAAUAGAUGUGUUCUCGUAACGUCCGUGCUGUGAUAGGUUAAUUGUGACCGAGUGGUGCAUGGUUUGGCUUAGUGAUGUAUGAGCACUAGCCAAGUUUGAGCUAGUUGGUUACGGGAGUAGGAGUUAGGUACUAGUCUGUCGAUUGUCGAAGGGCCAUUGGCCGAAAUUUUAUAGAAAAAAGGCAGUACAAAGGGUUAACAGUCUAGGCGUUCUAGAGCUGAAAACCUAUGGAGCAAAGGCUCCGAGGAGUUAGUAUACUAGUCUGAUUCGGUUAGGUUGGUCAAUUUUGAGUCCAAGUCGGGUUUUUUUUCGUAAAUAGAGAAUUUCAUUCAAUCAUGGUGGUUCAUUACAAUCCUCUUGACAGAGAUUGCUAAUCUCAUCUGGUCCAUGGCGGAUCCAGACGGCAGUAAGAGUAGAUACUCUACCCAUUUGGGGAAGUGCGUGAGCUACCUUGUUCUGUCCCCUACCCACAUGUGUCAAUGAGUACUCACGCCCACACUUCAGGAGAUGCUUUGCCUCCUGCACUACCGUGGCCACCGGCGAUCUAUUGAGCUUGUCCUCGCUGAGCAUGUCAAUAGCCACCGAACAAUCUGAUUCUAAGAUGAAUGGAUCAGUGCUCCAUUCCAGCGCAAGUGCUAUGCCCUCCGCACAUGCCGCCAUUUCCGAUUCGAGAGCGCUGGAGCACGUAUGGAGGAAACGACACGAUGCAAAGAUGGUAUUUCCUUCGUGGUUCCGCAGAAUCAUCCAUGCUCCAAGUCGGUUUUAGCUAGCUAGCCCAGGUCGAUGCAUAUAUGCAUAGCACGAUGUGCAAGUUUGUAAUAGGAAAUUGAGAGAAAAAAAUAGAGGGUACCAUAGAUGUCCUUGGCUAAGAGUUUUCAUGGUAUUUUUUGAUGUGUCGAUGGGUGGGCAAAUUCAGCACACUUUGCACUCUAGGCUCAGAUCUACCGCCCCUCCCCGCCUCCGCCCCCAGCAAUUCGUCGCUCAUCCAUAGGAACCCUGUAUUUUUUUUUGCAAAAAUGCAUCCGGUACCUUUUCCUCGCUAAGACGGAUCCUUGGUACUAAUGGGCCCGCAUGCCAAUGCUUAGCCGUCGUGCCCGUGUGGCCUAACACCACCAUGAGUUACGAAGUUGUCCAACAACGCAUCCUAGUGAGAUAACUCAUGUUCCGACAAUGAUAUCGGAAGUAAUUGUUGCAGAAUCUCCCGACGGGUACCUGCGGGUUGUCUUUAGUAUGUUUUCUAUUAGUACAUGGAUUGGACCCCUAAAUCUAGUGAACUGAACUACUAUGUUAUAACAAUAUAAUCUAGUUAGUCAAUAUUUUAAUUAGCAAUAUUCGCCUGCCGGUAACGAAUGAAUACAGUCACAUAUGUUCUUACUAUGAGUGAAUGUAUUAUUCCAGGUUUCCCAUAUUUAAGUCACACAGUUUAUACAUAAUAUAUUAUUCAACUUUUCCUAUACUUUAAUGUUGAUGGAAAUUGCCAGGCUACGAUAAGCUUUUGCACUUCCAAUGAUUCUGGAGUUUUUAUUUUAUUUCACAAUGUUGAAACCCUAUUGCAUUAACUGAACAAAGAAAAUUUGUCAUUUCACAAAUUCGGGAUAUUAGUGGGUUAGACAUAGGCUGGAGCGGAUACAGCAGUGGCCGAUAUCAUUCACGAAAUAGGCAUUUGAGUAAACCAGACGUUUUCUCUAUCAUCACAAACCUGUUAGUUAUGCAUUUUACUUAUUUAUUAUUAUGGUAAUUAUCAUCAAGCGAAAAUAGAAGUGAAAAGGAAAAUGUUUAGGCAGUAUGGUAAAUUUAGUGCAUUAGCCUUGUUUCCUGUGAGUAGAUUUAGGUCCAAGGACAUUUCAGUUUACCAAGAUACGUCCUUUAUGGAGAUUAAUGUGUCAUAUUCAUAAGAUUACAUAUCGAUACAACAUGCAUAGUAGAUAUGACACUUUAGAAACUUUUAAUUUCCUAACAUAUUUGCAUUUAAGUUUUAAUUAGCUUGCUUGCCUUGGUCAUAUUUAAUUUGUAGUUUAAGAAAGCGAUCUUAGCUUGUUUGGUUGGGGACAUGGAAUGUACAAUUCUGUUCAUCACUUAUGUUCAAGUCCUUGGAGGCACGGUUUUUGUUUCCUACUUAGGGUCAACCUUAUAAUUUUCCUUCAAAACAUAUUUUUGGGUUAAUGGUACAUACAUGAAGUUAUCUAGCAGUCACAAAUAAUUUAACUUCAUACUUAUGAUUUUCAUGUUUUCGCAAUACCAACAUAAUUACAAACCAUAGCAGCAUGGACUUGACAAUUGGCACUAUGUUGUUGGUCCUAGCUAUUAUUCUCAUCACCGCAAUAGUCAUCAAGAUUGCAAAUGCAAGAGUCACCUUUGAUCCAGUUUGUACACGACCACCUCCACCUGUGGUGAAUAGCAUUGCUCUUCUAAAACUCUUACCUACCCUGUGUACAAAGGGCCCCGAAAUUACAAUGACCUAUCUGUAUAACAAGUUUGGUAGUGUUUUCACAGUUAGUAUUCUUUGGAAAAGGAUAAGCUUCUUGGUCGGGCCAGAGGUCUCUGGUCCCUUUUUUCAAGGUUCCGAGUCAGAGGUUUCCCAAGGUAAUUUCAAUGAGUUCACUGUGCCCAUGUUUGGCCAAGAGAAUGGAUUUGCCGUAGAUUGCUCCACUCGAAUGGAUGAGAUUCGCUUCUACAUUGAUGCUCUAAAGCCAUCACAGCUGAGGAGCCAUGUUGACCCCAUGCUUCGUGAAGUGGAGGACUACUUUGGAAAAUGGGGAGAUGUGGGGGUAGUCGAUCUAAAAUAUGAGUUCAACCAUAUACUCAUGUUGAUCGCAAGUCGAUGCUUGCUCGGAAAAGAGGUUCGAGGGAAGAUAUUUGGCGAGUUUUACACAUUGUUUACUGAAAUUGACGAAGGGGGAGUGAACUUGGUCAGUUUCAUGCUCCCAUAUAUCCCUAUUCCAGUAAACAGGCGAAGCGAUCGAGCUUGCAUUAAGCUUACGGAGAUCGUUACAGAGAUUCUAAGGUCACGAAAGAUAUGCAACCGCAUCGAGGACGAUGUGCUCCAGAAGUUGAUGGAUUCCAGGUAUAAAGACGGCCGCCGUACAACAUAAGCGGCUGUUGCGGGAAUGAUCAUCGCGCUGAUAUUUGCUGGAAAACAUACAAGCGCUGUCGUAUCCACCUGGACUGGAGCUUGCCUAUUGACCCAUGAAAAGUUCUUAGAUGCUGCUAU